AUGGCGGGCCUUACUAUCAAGCUCGCCCAGCGCUCCCCCAAGCAACCUGUCAAGCGCCUCCCAGCUUCAAUUGACCUGUCCGCGACCGCGACCGUCGAAGAUGCCAAGGCCGCCAUUGCCAAAAAGGUCGGUCUGUCUGACCACAACCGCGUCGGCCUGUUCGACCCGGCGACCAAGAAGACCCUCAAGGACCGCAAGGCCGUCCUGUCCACCCUCUCCUACUCGGAGCUGCUGGUCAAGGACCUCGGACCCCAGCUCGGCUGGCGCACCGUCUUUGUGAUCGAGUACCUGGGCCCGCUGCUCUUCCACCCGCUGUUCCUCGCCGUCCGCGGCUACCUCUACCCGGCCGUCUACCCGUACCUCAAGGACCAUGUGCCCGAGCCCAACGCCUUUGACGGGCCCCUGAGCUGGAACCAGAAGCUCACCUUUGCCUGCAUCAUUGCCCACUUCCUCAAGCGCGAGUACGAGACCGUCUUUGUCCACAAGUUCUCGGCCUCGACCAUGCCCGUCUGGAACGUCUUCCGCAACUCCUUCUUCUACUGGGCCGUCGCCGGCGUCCAGGCCGGCCUCGAGGUCUACGCCCCCUUUAGCUGGACCGCCAAGGCCGACAACCCGGCCAUUGACGCCCUGGGCCUCGCUCUCUUCCUCUUUGGCGAGAUUGCCAACCUCCGCGUCCACGCCUACCUUUCGACCCUGCGCAGCCCCGGCGGUACCGAGCGCCAGAUCCCCCACGGCCACGGCUUCGAGAUUGUCACCUGCCCCAACUACAUGUUUGAGGUGAUUGCAUGGAUUGGCAUGAUUCUCGUCAGCAGAAGUCCUUCGGUCGCCUUCUUCAUCACCAUUGGCUCCAUGUACAUGUUCAGCUGGGGCAAGGGCAAGGAGAGGGCCUACCGCAAGGAGUUUGGUGACAAGUACAAGAAUAAGCGAUUCGUUAUGCUGCCUGGUCUUCUGUAA